AUGCGUGUUCACUCUGUUCUUCUGCUUCUUGCUGCGACUCCGUUGUCAAUAAUAGAUGCGGCUCAGCAAAGUAACCAAUUUGACUCGCUUGGCGUGGACGAUGUCGAGGGUUCUGUCCAUCCGGCGCAGCCGCAAAGCCACCUUGGUAAUGAAGAGAGAUUCGUCGCCAUCCCCGAAUCAAUUAAAACAUUGCUCGCUGCGACGAAGAGUAAGCUUCAGAACUUGGCGGACGAGAAAGAAGGGUCGAAGGUCCUUGUUUCGCUUGGUCUCAACAACCGCGUGGACAAUCUUUUUGACAACCCUGCAUGGGUCACCUACAUGAAGCACAAUGGUGUGAAAAAUAAGGAAAAUGACAUGCUGUUGGCAUUGAAGAAACACUACACUGACGAAGAGCUGUCGUCCAUAUUCAUCGCGGCAAGACGUUUUGGGGACGAGGAUGUCAAGAAAAUUGCUCUCGAGCUGCAAGUACAGCAGCUGUUCAUGCGGUCGUCGCAUCGCAAAUCACCUGCAGCCAUGUUUGAGCAUCUUGGACUCAAUACAGUGUCUCAGCUGGAGAAUCGAAAGUUGACUGGAAAGGAGGAGGCUGUCCGCCUUUUCGAUAGCCAAGAAUUUUUCCUUUGGCAAGCUUAUGUGCUCCGUAUCCACAAUGGGAACUCGAAGAAAGCUACCGGAGCGAUGGCUGAAGUGCUGACUACUUUCUACGGCGAGGAGCGUCUCGUCAAGAUGCUCCUUGCUGCAAAGGGUGCUGAGGAGAAGGCUGUGCGGAAUGUUGCGGCUGGGCUGCAGUCAGAGCAGCUGCAGCUGUGGGCGAAAGACCUCAAAUUACCGCAAGAUGUGUUCAAGCUCUAUGAACUCGACAAUGUGCCUCGAUGGAAGAUGGGGAAACUCGUGAGGAAUGAGGCUAAUCGUCUUUUCGAUAACAUUGAGUACCGCCUUUGGGAAGCUUACGUGCACAAUAUGCACUCAAAAACAGAAAAGGCGGAUGAAGCGAUGGUUGAUGUGCUGACUUUUUUCUUUGGAGAGCAAAAACUAUCAAGCAUACUCACUGCUGCAAGGAUGGAGAAGGGGAAGAUGCCAUUGGUCUUGAGACUUCGAACAGCUCAGCUAACGCGGUGGAAGGCCGGUGACAAAAUUCCGAAAGAAGUUGCUUCUCUGAUGGGCUUCAAGGGGUCAGCGAUCGACGAUCCCGAAAGAGAGCUUUGGAGAGCAUACCUUCAAGACUACAACGUAAGGCAUAAGCUUAGUCCGGCACCGAAGACGGAACCAUGA